AUGGCCCCCCUGGGAGCACUGCCCAAGGCCAAGAAGGCGACUGGCGAGAACGGGGUGCCCACCAGGAAAAUCAUAUUGAAGACUUCGAGUACGCAUCCGCCAAAGAAGCCGGCGGGACAGGACGCGCUGGCCCAGGAUGACGGCCACGCUGGGAGGGCCGCGUCUCCGGCCGCGUCACCGCCGGCCUCUCCCCUGUUGCCCCCUGCACCCGCCAACAAGAGGAAGCCGCUGGCUGCAAAGGCAAAGGAAGACGAGGCAGACGACGAGGAAUAUGACCCAAAGGGCGAUUCCCGUCGGAGGCGCUCCCGCAGAGUGUCACUACCUGUGAAGAGGACCACGACGGCCGCUACCACGGCGGCGCAACCGCCGACUUCUCGGGAACGCAGGAGCUCCACAAGCAUCGUGCUGAAGCCAGCAACGCCCGUCAAGCGUCAAGCUCGAGGUGAGCCGGAAAAGCAGGGACUGACGGACAAGGUGGUCGAGGCAGCCGUGGACGAAGCGCUGAAGCACUGUCGCUACCCAACCGCAUGGGCCCUCAAGACGCUCUACGAGGAGAAGAGCGGGGAUCGAGACUUUGUGGCCAUGAUCCAAGACGUCUUCAGCCAGACCGCCGACAAGGAAACCAUGGACGAGUUUUUCAAGCAGAUGGAGGAGAGAAAGCGACAAGGAAAGCAGGACAACCGAGGGUGCUAUUUCUUCGUGCCCCCGGCCAUGAGCAGCAGCAGAUCGACACCGCGCAAACCCGUGGCCGCGCCGUACGCGCAUCUCAUCCACGAGCCGGGGGAACUGCCCCGGGAGGGCACGACACGGGCCGCCAAGAAGGCCAAGGUGUCGCACGGCGAUGCUGGGCUUGGGACGUCGCCGGUGAAAGGGGCCGGGGCAGCAGCUGCCGGCACUGGCAGGACGGAGAGGGCGACUCCGACUACGAAAAUCAUCAGGGUGAGGACGCCAGCGUGGCGGAAACGCGCGCGACGAGACUCGGGGUCCAGCGACUCAUCUCUCUCGACGACAGUGAGCAUGUCGUCGCCCGAGGUGAGGGCGAGCGGCCUCGGCAGCCCCAGCGCGCUUGUCCGGCCAGCAGCAGGCCGGGGAGACGGGCGAGGGGACGGACGAGGAGCAAGAGAAGCGAGAGGAGGCACCGUCGCGGCCCCUAGCACCACCACCACCACCGCGUCGACCACGUCGACCGGCGAGGCCACUGGGGCCAAAUCCCAGACUGUGCCAAAACCCCAGCCAAUCACCACCCGCGGCAAGUCGGCCGCCUCCAGCAAACAGGUCGUGUCCAACUCGUACCGAUCCAACUCUCCCACCCUUCCCAACGCAAGUCGCUCGCGCGCUCACCAGUCUCCGUCUUCUCUUGCCGACGAUGCCAGCAUGCCUGGCCGGGUUUCAGCUGCAGAGCUCUUCCCCAACCUCAAGCUCAAGCCUGCAGAAAAGUCGGCCUCGGUCUCAGCCACCACGGACGCGGAGAUUGACGUCCCGGCCCGCAUGCCGGAGGAGGACGAGGAAUCAUGCUGGGACCGUCGACGGACUGCACGGAGGGCUACCAACAACUUCAGUCCCCAGGAGAGCGCCGUCCGGGUCCCCGAUGCGGAACGCGGGACGACGCCUGCGAGGACGACGAGGCGGACGCGCCAGUCUCUUGCGGCCUCUGUCACCGCGAGGGCUACUCGCUCGGCCAGCAAGCGUCCCAGUGACGACGCGGAGAGGACGGUCUCGCCCAUUGCCUUGUCCUUGACCGGGGACGGAAGUUCUACCGUGCCAUCUCGAGCCGCCACGCCAACGUCGCUGCGGCCCGCCAAGAAGCAGAGGACGGGACUGCGCGUCAAAUCAUCGCCGGUCAAGAAGAAGGGAGGUGCCGCAGGCGUGCCGCGGCCGCCUCAAGAGCUGAAUGCUUCGUCACUGAACGGUCUCGCCCCCAAGGACCCGAACGCGGACAAUGAUGAAUACUGCUCGGCAUGCGGAAACACGGGCGACGUCGUGUGCUGCGAUGGCUGCCCGCGCUCCUUCCACUUUGAGUGUGUCGACAUGGUUCAGUCCGACCAUCUGCCCGACGAGUGGUAUUGCAACGAGUGUCUCGUCCGACGAUACCCCUCACGCGUGCCUGUUCACAAGGGCAUCUUCGGGAGCGCCCUCAACAAUCUGGAAAAGAGCAUCCCCCGGGCAUUCAGCCUGCCUAGGCGCGUGCAGAACCGCUUCGAGGGGGUGAGGGCCGGUGCCGACGGCGACUACGAGGAGGUCGUGAGCAACAAGACGACGAGGAAGCGAAACGGCACAGACGAGCCCGACUUCUUCAAGCAGCGAGAGGAUGGACAGGCCGUCUUGUGCCAUUGCUGCCAAAGGCCGGCAACUCACAUCAGGUCCAUCGUCCCCUGCAGCGCGUGCUCGUUCUAUUGGCACAUUGACUGUCUGGAUCCGCCGCUCGCGGUGCCACCUGUUCUCAAGACCUGGCGCUGUCCCGCCCACGUGGACGACAUCCUCAUCGAGGUCCCCAGUCUCGCUCCCGCUCAUCGCUUCCGCAAGGUCAGGGGCAACCAGACGGUGACGCCCGCAUUUGCCCGUGGCCUGAAGAACAAUGGCCACAUUGAGAUCGACUGGACCGAUGAACCCGACGAACCCGACUUGUCCGGCUGGCCCGACCAUCGCUCCUUUGGACGGACGUACAGGCUUCCCGCCAAAGGCGUGGUUCUCGACUUCAUCCAACAGUUGAGGAACAAGGGGGCCGGGUACGGUCCUCGACAGAACGAGUCCAAGCUCAUUCCCUGUCCAACCCUCCCGGACCGUGGCGACUCCACGAGCCCACUGCCCGGCUCUGCUUUGGAUCGCCGCCUGCACGAGAUGCAAGUGUCUCUGAACCUGAUCAGUCUCCAGCAGCAUCGAUCAGAUGCGGUAGACCAGCUCACGGCUGCUCUCUUGGCCUCCGCCGACGAUAACAUGCUCGCCCUCAUGGCCAAAGGCAACGCCGCCAACUUUGCCUCUGGGCGCCUCACGGCCGCCGACCGCCUCGGUCUUCGUGCCAUGCUCGCCCAAAUGGACGCCAUGAGCGCGCGGGUCAGAAAAGUCCUGGCAGGCGACACGUGCACACCCGCACCGCAGCCCAUCAAGGCAGAGGCCAGUUCCCCCGUUACCGAGUCGACAAUGGGCCUCAACGACCCUCGUGCAGAGAAGAUGGACCCUUGCAUGCCCGUCACCGAACCAACGCCGCCCUCCACCGUCGAUCACGGAGAAGGCACCAUGGAUCUUGAUUAG